ACCCGGGGAAUCCAACAUGGGGGUCAUGCUGCUAGCACUCACUAUCUCCCUGCUGGUCGCGUCCGGGUUCUGUCGGCAGCCGGGCCGUGUCGGCAGUGACGUCGUCGUCAGUGACCCGCGCGUGGUCACGUGGCUUCAGAAACGUGCUGUCUCCAAUAGCAUUGGUUACAAUAGGAAGGAUGACGAUGAGAAUAUGAAGGAGUUGUGUGCGAUGCUGUGUCCAGCCAACCAGGGAGGAAACCUGUGCUUAUGCGACAGUCUGAUCAUCGGAAAAAGACGACGGGAUACGAGUCACUCUGCACGAGUCCGUGACAUUGUGAUGCUGGUGUCGGGAGAACAUCAGAAAGCGGCAGACUAGCGCACAGAUGGCCACUAGUUACCAAGGUUACGACGAUGACGAUGACGAUGAUAGCGACAAUGACGAUGACGAUGACGAUGACGAUAUGGC